GCGAGCACCCAGCGUUUUGACAGUCGUCGCGACGACGUACUCGGACGCGUCGCGUGUGCUCGCUGCGGUGCGUGUAGUAACAUCCGUAUAUAUACAUAAGCUCAGAUCGGCUCGAGUGUAGCGCGGCUUGUCUCUUCCAUUCUUUUGUUUCGUGAUUCGGGAGUCGUUGCAUUUAUUCGAAGCUCCCGACAAAUGGGUGCUUGCACGUCUCGAGGCAAAAGCUCUCGUGGUGUUUCGACUCGGUGAGGCUGUUGGUCGAUCGCGACGAUGCUCUGCGGGCGAGCGAUUGCGCGAUAAAGCGCUCAUCUUUGCCGGCUCAAGGCCAUCGCCUGUACGCGCGACCACGAGCACGUCGUACAUAUAUUUUCCUAUCGGCCGUUUGUGUAUCGCAUGUACUUUCCCACCCUCCCUUCCUCCCCCCACCAGACAGUGGGUGGUUGUUGAUUACAGCUGUGUGCCGUCUUGUGCUCGAAAGGGACCAUCACCUUUGAUCAUGUGUGCCCCGUGCAUGUGAUGUUCUUUACAAGCAUAUAUAUAUGUGUGUGGUUUUUUUUACGUGGGUGCGUGUAUACAUACAAACGAACACAACGGUGACCGGCGAGUGUCCACGAUAAAUUGUUGAUGCGUCGCAGGAACUAUAAUUUACAAUUGGAGAAAAUUGUGUUGAUUUGUCGAAAGUGCGCGCGGACAGGGUGUACAAGUGGGUGCGCGGUUGCGCGGCCAAGAGACUUAAAUGCCUCGCUAGAGCCGCGAGUGCGCCCCCCUGAGUUUUGAUCCCCCCCCCCUCUAUUGGAUAAAAGUAAAGAGUUGAACCCCUUUGAACUGUAAAAGGAAGAAAAAAAAAAAAAAAAGAAAAAUGGAGUACCAGCAAUUGGUACCGCCACCUGUGCCGAGUGCGCUGCUGCACCACCCCCAACAGCAGCCACAGGGUCCUCAGGCUCCGCAUCCGCACAUAGUUGUCGCGCCUGCGCACAAUCCGCAACAGCAGCCACCCCAACCGCCUCCGCCCUCGUCGAUGCCCCCGACAACCCACGCCCACCAGAUACACGCGCCCCUGCCAUCGCUCCACGAGGACAGCGCGAGCAGCAGGUGGACCCAGUACCAACACCUGUGGCGCCAGCAUCACGUUUACAUGAACGGGAAACAAGGAAAAGAUGGCCCGGACGAGAAAAAGGACGCGGACGGCGAGCUGUGGGGCAACGUCGAGGCCCAGGCCGCUUUUCUCGGGCCCAAUCUCUGGGAAAAGACAUUGCCCUACGAUGCCGACCUGAAGGUAUUGAACCAUUACGUAGACCUGGACGAGUUCCUGUCGGAGAACGGCAUCCCGGUGGACGGGGUGGCCGGUGGCGGCGGUGGCGGUCAGGGCGCGAUGCCGGUCUCGGGCGGCCAACUGCACAAAAUCGGCAACGGCGACGGAACGAACGGCGGAGGCCCGGGCAAUGGACACCAAGGACCCGCGGGUAGCUUGCACCUCGAGCCCGUCACCAAGCGCGAGCGCUCGCUCUCGCCCAGCGAUUGCUGCUCGCCCGACACCCUCAAUCCACCCUCGCCCGCUGACUCGACGCUCUCGAUGGCCUCAUCCGGGCGGGACUUUGACCCCCGGACCCGGGCCUUUUCCGACGAGGAGCUCAAGCCCCAGCCCAUGAUCAAGAAGUCCAGGAAGCAGAAAAAGGAUUUGCCGUUGCAGUUCGUUCCCGACGACCUGAAGGACGACAAAUACUGGGCGCGUCGCAGAAAGAACAACAUGGCGGCCAAGCGGUCCAGGGAUGCGCGCCGCAUGAAGGAAAACCAGAUAGCCCUGCGUGCCGGUUUCCUCGAGAAAGAGAACAUGGGCCUUCGACAAGAGUUGGAUCGGUUAAAGAACGAAAACAUGCUGCUGCGCGACAAACUGAGCAAGUACACGGACGUGUAACCGGCCGGUCUCUCUUAUUCUCCUCCUUCUUCUUCUUCUUCUUCUUGUUCUUCUUCUCCAAACAACAUCAACGACGACUACAACAAUGGAAGCCGCGUACAGUAGCAGCCGACAACAACAACCCCAUUUCCCGAGCACCUUUACGCGUGUGAUCAAUUUACACGUUAAUAAGAAUGAAACAUGCACACGUGCAUAUCGUACCUCCCCUUGAGUUUUUUUUUUAUAUAUAUAUAUAAAGGCAGGAUAGAAAAAUUAAAACGAAUCGAGCUAAUGAGUGGGCUACCAACAUGUAUAUCGCAUUUAGGGGGCUUGCGUCGAUAUUGCACUGUGGAGCUAUGUUGUUACCACUGCGUACACCAUUGGUUUUCCUCUUCCUAGGUUUUUUUUUUUUUUCUCUCGUUACUUACCGCUAUACACAAUGAAGAAUAUUAUGCUCUCGUCGUGAUUUUUACCCAAGCGCGUUUACGUUACUUUACAAUGUAUAUCCCUCUCGUCCCGUCCUCUUUUUUUUGCUACCGAGUACUCUGCGGAAUUUUAGUUUUUUUUUUUUUUUUUUUCAACCCGAAAACUUUCGUAGAGCGCGAUGUUUGUUUGUAUCCCUUUGUAUAUUAACGUGGAACGACGAAGGUUUCGAAAAACAGAGGAAAGUGAUGAUGUAAUCAAAUGUUACCAUGCACUUUGAAAAAAAAAAAUGUGUUUUUUUUUUUUUUUUUUUUGCAAAAUAUAGAUCACGCUGAACUUGAAAUCGCUCGAACAAGAGUAUGUUGACGAUUUUAUACGAUAACAAUGUUUCGUCCAAGUUUUGUUGUAUACAUACUACCGGAGUGAAAAAUCAGACAGUCUUUGUUUUGCAAGCGUUCAAUGCUCACAGUUAGAAGUAACACUUUUUUUCAGAUUUUUUAUCGCUAGUUUGAUAAUCAUCAAUUUUUCCUUCUUUAUUUUUUUUUAUUAGACUAAUUUUUAAUUAUUUUUAUGUAAGGAAGCGCUUUUUUAAUCUCUUCAAUAUUUGCACAAUGAUAGAGGUAAAUUUUCUUCUUUUUUUUUUUUUUCAUAGUAUACGUAAGUGUAAGUGAUUUUGAUAUAUAUUACUAUUAUUUUUUUUUUUUAUUAUUGUUAUUCGAUUUCAGAUUUUAUUGUGCAAUGAUAAUUUAUUUUCAACUGUUAACUUUUUUAUUUUUUGAUUAAAAAAAAAAAAAAAAAAAUUCUAGACGAGUGAAUUUUCACUCCGCGCAUGAUGAUGAAAAAAAUCACGAGAAACUUAUCUUUGACCCUUCAUAUCUCAUGCGAUUGAGAAUAAAAUAACGGCUACUAUCUCGCGUCAUUUUUACGCCUAGAUGCACUUUUCUAUCUUUUUUCUUCUUCAUAGUUUUUUCUUUUCUUUUUUUUUUCCAAGAUAAAGUACAUCCAUCUCCCUUCACUCCAUUCCCUUUUUCUUUCCUUCCCCCACCCCCUAUUGUAUAUAUUUAUAUAUGUAUAGUUAGAUUACAUGGUAUACAAAAAUAUAAAUACCAGAAAUAAGAUAUCGAUAUAUCAUGAUACAAUGAUGGUAAAAAGAUUAACAACACUAGCAAAAAAUGAAAAGAAUAGCAAUGGAUGUGCAGAAAAUGGGAGGAAACGAUCAUGAGAUGCAUGAAAUAAAAGAAAAAGUUGGCAUAACAGAGAUAUAUAUAUAUACUGUUUAAUUGUAUACGUCGAACGAUGGGACGUCUUGUCGAAGGUACUGCGGAGAUACACCUAUCAUAGGAAGUAAAGUUUUUAUCGACCUGCGAAGUAAUUUGUAAAACUAGGAAUAUUGUCGAUAGAAAGAAAAAGGUAUAAAAUAUUAUCAUUGUUGAUGAAUGUAUAUUUUUUCGGGAUGAGCUCUCGUUUCACAGGCUUUUCGCAACGAGCGACUUGUAAAUUUUUUUUCCCUCCUCCCCCCACCCCCUCUCCCUUCACUCUUGUACACUUCAUGAUGUCUCCCUUCUUAUUACAUAUACAUAUUAUAUAUAUAUAGUCUUUUUUUGUUGACUUGCGAGGUACGUUUAAACUUUAUCAAUGAAUGUUAUUUCUUAUCGAAUUUUGGACUAAAAGUGACGUUUAUUAUUAUGUUAUGUAUAAUUUGCGCGAGCUCAAAAGCAUGGCGGCAAAUGCGAAUAGAAGAAAAAUUGUUUUAUAAAAUCCAUGUAGAUAAAUAUUUAAGAAACGAGACGAGUUUUCGAUUUAGCAAAAUGACGAUAAUAAAAUUGAGGAAUCUGUAACUCAAGAGCUUGAGAUUUUCGCGUAGAUUCUCGUUGACAUCGCCCGCACAGGGCCUUGUAGGGAUAUUAUAAUCAACUUGUAGUAUAUACCAAGAAAAAUUGUUGAAUUAAAAAAAAAUAUUCUACUCAAUUAAAUCACAGCGUACUUAGAUCUAAUAUGCUUGUGCUAGAUGAAUUUAUUGUUUGAUAGAUUUUUUGUUGUUAGACCGCGAAAUUUCGGAGAAGAAACUUUUCGUUGUAACCACGAUUGAAUUAGUGCAUUUCCCGAAUUUGUUGAUUUUGUUUUUUUUUUUUCUGUAUACUUUUGCGCACUUACAGGGCCUACACGGUAAAUAUUUUGUAAGAAUAUGCAAUGCAAUGUGUAAUAAAUUGUACGUUAAAUCAGCGAGUUUUCGUUCUUUUUUUAUCAUUGAAUCAUUUUCAUGCUUUUAUGCAAAAUCAUAAAAUCAAAUCAAGGAUGAUAAAGUGUAUAUACAGCAACUGUAAAAGUAGAGAAAAAAAAAGCAUACGUUAUCGACCACAAGCAGGUUGUUGAUGUUUAUAAGAGGUCAUCUCUUAAUCACUACGGACAAGAAUCACGAUUUAGCCUGUACUGAUAUUGGCAAAAAUUUAUUUCUUUUUGACAUACAAAUCUCAAUAUUUCGUGCAUCAAAUGUGUGCGUGUACUGUAUGAAAUAAGCUUUUGUCAAAAAAAAAAAAAAAUACUUUUAUAAUACUCGUUCAGAUUUAGACAGAAGCAUCGACGCAUAAAUACGAUACCACUUACUUGCAUAUAGCGUGAUAGAUACACUCUAAACAUGUUGGUGAUGGUUUUUUAUUCCUUAACACGUACACAUACACAAACGUUCAUAAAAGUCUUCGAGUGCCCUAUCCCGUGGAUAAGUGAUGAUUUUUAUCCUUAUUUUUUAUGCACACACAGCGAGUUGUGAUGGUAACAAUGUUUACAAUUACGUAUAAUCAAAUCUACGCCUCACUCCCUUACACAUUUCUUAAGCUUCGUUUGUAAUUUUUAUUAAUGUUAUGGUAAUACAUAAGCUGUAGAGCAUUGAAGGAUAAUAAUGACUAUAAUAUCGAUUAAUCAACAAAAAAAAUCAGAUCGAACUGAACCGUGUGUUGUAGAUAUGAACGAAAAUUUCGUUGGCGUAAACGAUCGCAUGAGAUAAUAAUAACUAAUUGAAAACGAAUCAGCUAUUAUUUUAUACGCGCACGGAUGGAUGGAGGAAGAAGCGAGAAUCUUUAUAAUAUAAAUAUAAUAUAUAUUUUGUAGAAACAAACAAACAAACGAACAAAAAAUAAGCACCACGACCUAAAGAAAGCUGGCUUCUUCUUUUUACUUCUGACCUAAUUUUUUUUUUUCAAUUUUUAGAUUAUUAUUUUUGCUUGUGGUCGUUAAAAAUGAGAUUCGUCUGUCGAUAUGAGUUUCUCAUGGGAUGACGAUGAUUUUAGUCACGAGUUUUUCGAUGACGUCCAUUUGGAAAUUAGUAAAUUAUUAUUGUCAUCAAGAAAUCCGAUUAUUUACUCUUGCUACUUUUUACACACAAGUAGCUAUUUUGUAUCUUCAUUUUAUUUCGCUGGAUCGCACUUUUCGUGGAUCGCAUUGAUUUUUGUAAUUGGAGAAGUUGACACCAAAAAAUAAAUCAUCGAAGAAGAACAAUAAGAAGAAGUUGUAAUAUUUUCGAGAACAGAGCAAACAUAAAAAAAAUAAGAACAAAGAAAAAAGUUAUAAAAAUUGUUAAAUGUACGAAAGGUGCAUACCCUAUUUUUAAUGAAAGUUGACGUGUGUGGAUAAAAAAAAAGAUGCUUAUCACAAAAUAAUAAAACCGUGCGAAAUCGUUUCCGGCGUUGAAUUAUUGUAUCGAUCGUUGGUGAAAAAGUAAGCAAAUAGAAAAAAGCGUUCCUUGAGGCGAUCCAUGGAUCGACUUGUUCUUUUUUGUUUCUUUCUUUCCUUUUUUUUAUGUAAAACUUAAAAUGUAUAGUACGAGAAAAAUGAACGAUGACCAUUAUUAUUACCAUUAAAUAUUAUUAGAAUUAUAGCGAGAGUGAUUACAAAAAUUGCAGAAGUAAAUAAAAAAAAAAAUAAUAAAAAAAAAAAAAAAAAUCAGCAAAAUUUAGACGAGUAAUGUAAUACUAAUCGUAGUGGCAGAGCUUCAUUAGAGGAUUAAGCAAAUGAUGUUUUAUUAAAAAAGACGAAAAGCGUAUAAUAUUAAGGGAAUAAAGCAGCGCAAUUCUUAAAAAUACGAAAACCUAGAUGAAGGACUAGGGAGGAAAAA